UGACUUGUGUUUAGCUCGCGAAUUUGAUGAAAUCCAAUAUCUAUAGUUAAAGCUUGUUAAUAACUUAACAUUAUGAAUACGUUGCGGCCUUGCGGUUGCAAAGGCGUGAGAACCUGCCUGUCCUGUGAGAAGGACUUUGAAAUCGCGAAGCCUUCGCUUCACAGCCAGUUUCAAGAGCUGGAAUCCUGGUCCUACUGUGUGCAAUGCAAGCGUCUCUACACCGGAUGGGACACGCAGGCGGUGCAGGCGGCGCAUCCACAUCACGAGCCCGCCAGUGGCUUGCCACUACCAGGCAUAUUUGUGCAGGAGGGGUUCCUUGCGCCCGAAGAGGGCGCUCAGCUGAUGUCCGACUUGGAUGCGCUUCCCUGGGCGAUAUCUCAAAGUGGACGACGCAAGCAGAACUUUGGGCCCAAGACCAACUUCAAGAAGCGUCGCCUGCAGCUGGGUGCGUUUGAGGGCUUUCCUGGGAGCACCCGCUACGUGCAGGAACGCUUCGAAUCGGUGCCGCUUCUGCGUAACUUUCAGACGAUCGAACAGUGCUCGCUGGAGUACGAUCCGAGCAAAGGAGCAAGCAUAGAUCCGCAUGUGGACGAUUGCUGGAUCUGGGGAGAACGCGUCGUAACCGUCAAUUGUCUGGGCGAUGCCGUGCUCACAUUAAUCGCAUACGAAGGACAGCAGACGGGGAAAUAUAAUUUGCAUUUGGUCAACCAAUACGAACAGCAACUUCUGGAACCACUGCUCGCUCCUGAACAGUUCGCAUCCUACAAGGGCAAAGUGUUGCGCAUACCUAUGCCAAAUCUCUCGCUCAUUGUGCUCUAUGGACCAGCUCGGUAUCAGUUCGAGCACGCCGUGCUGCGUGAGGAUGUGAGUGAGCGUCGCGUCUGCAUUGCGUACAGGGAGUUUACACCUAUGUAUAUUGAUGGCAUGGACAAGGAGCAGGGAGAACCCGUAAGAUUAAAAUCCCAAGUAUUUUGGAACACGCCAGAAGCAAUUAAAACUAUAUGAAAUCCAUGAA